GACGUUGAUGUUACAAAUACUGUCCAAAAAUACGGUUGCGGGAUAUCGUGGCGUUUACCUUCUGAUUCUGACUUAAACGUCUACGCCGUCUGAAUUAAUCAACAACUUAAUUCAAAACACCGCAAAAAUAUCUAAUUAGUUGUGUCCGGUAGUGUAAAAAAUUAGUUAAUAAAUAAAUGCUCCAGUGAAAGAAAUCUGCGAGGAUAGCAAUAACAAGAGGUGGCACAAUCUAUUCCGGUAUAAUAAGCUGAGAGAAGAUGUACGCUGAGAACAAGUCGGACAUGGACGGUACUGGCGUUGCGUUGGCACUUGGCGCCUUGAAGGUGCUUGCCUUCGUUUACGAUGUCCUUACCUACCCAAUGUACUUGAUCCUCCAAAGGCCAUGGAAAAUUAGGGAGCUUUCCAGAAAAGUCCAGGCAACGAUUAUUGCAAGUGAAACAGAAUCGUCAAAAAAAGAUGUGCGUAUUGAUUUCGAUGGAGCCCUAAAUUAUGCGGCAGUUACCAAACAGGCGGUUACAAUCACGAAGGACACCACCAGCAUCACUUACAGGUCUGUACAACCUCCGGGAGAAGUUCACACCAAUAUGGUCAGGGAGAAUAUCGACACCAUGACCAAAAUGUUGGAAUGGACCACCAAGAACUUCCCGAACAAAAGAUGUCUGGGCACCAGGCAGAUCCUCAGCGAAGAAGACGAAAUACAACCAAACGGCAGAGUAUUCAAAAAGUACAACAUGGGCGAUUACAAAUGGAAGACAUUCUACGAGGUUAACAGUUUGGCCAGUCGCUUCGGCAAGGGUCUCAGAGAACUAGGAAACCAACCCCUGAAGAACGUGGUCAUCUUCGCCGAAACCAGAGAAGAAUGGAUGAUCGCAGCCCAUGGUCUCUUCAAGCAGAACAUCCCCAUAGUCACCAUCUACGCCACCCUGGGUGAUGACGCCAUAGUCCACGGUAUCAACGAAACCGAAGUCACCACGGUGAUCACCAGCCACGAUCUGAUGCCCAAAUUCAAGCAAAUUUUACCCCGAGUGCCGAAAGUGAACACUUUGAUCUACAUGCCCGACCAGUUGAAAAAAUUGGACACCACCGGAUACAAGGAUGGUGUGCAGAUCUUCAACUUCCAGGAAGUUAUCGACAAAGGAUCCAAAUCGAGCAUCGCUGAAAACUACCCAACUGUCGACGAUACAGCAAUCAUAAUGUACACGAGCGGUUCAACAGGUGUACCGAAAGGUGUUAUACUCCUACACAAGAACCUGAUAACCACCCUAAAGGCCUUCUGCGAUGCAACCUCCAUCUACGCGGACGAUAUCAUGAUAGGAUUCUUGCCCUUAGCGCACGUUUUUGAAUUGUUAGUGGAAAGUGUAUGUUUGUUGAGUGCCGUACCAAUUGGAUAUUCGAGCGCGUUAACUAUGAUUGACAGUGGCAGCAAGAUCAAGAAGGGCUGUAAGGGGGAUGCUACCGUGCUGAGGCCAACAUGUAUGACGUCAGUGCCUCUCAUAUUGGAUAGGAUAUCGAAGAACAUUCAGGAGAAAGUCAGUAAAAGCAGUGUAACGAAGAAAAUCAUUUUCAAAUUCGCCUAUGAUUAUAAAGAGACAUGGAAGAGAAGAGGCUACAGCACACCCAUGAUUGACAGAAUAGUCUUCAAUCCUGUUAGAGCUAUAUUGGGAGGUAGAGUGCGACUUCUUCUUACAGGAGGUGCACCUUUGUCCCCAGAAACUCACGAACAAAUCAACAACUGCUUAUGUGUGAAGGUCAUUCAAGGUUACGGAUUAACUGAAACCUGUUCGUCUGCAACAGUUCAAAGCAAUUACGACAUGUCAUUUGGUCGUGUUGGGGCUGCUACAACAGUCUGUGAUAUAAAAUUAGUCAAUUGGGAAGAGGGCAACUACCGCGUCACAGAUAAACCAUAUCCUAGGGGAGAAAUCAUCGUUGGCGGUGACAAUAUUAGUGCUGGUUAUUAUAAAUUGCCGGAUAAGACCAACGAGGACUUCUUCGAGGCAGAUGGUAGGAGGUGGUUCAAGACUGGAGACAUCUGUGAAAUACACGAGGAUGGUGUAGUCAAAAUCAUAGAUCGUAAGAAGGAUUUAGUUAAAUUGCAAGCUGGAGAGUACGUUUCCUUGGGAAAGGUAGAGGCCGAAUUGAAAACCAGCCCGUUGGUCGAUAACAUUUGCGUUUACGGUGAAUCGUCAAAGGAUCAUUGCGUUGCUCUUGUCGUUCCUAAUCAGCAGCAACUUAUCGAUUUGGCAGCGAAGAAAGGUUAUACGAAACCUUUCGAUGAACUGUGCAAAACUCCAGAGGUUGAAAAGCUCGUCCUACAAGAAUUGGCUGACCACGGAAAGAAAAAUAAACUAGAGAAAUUCGAAAUCCCGGCUGCUGUGAAACUUGUGACUGAAGUGUGGUCCCCCGAUAUGGGUCUGGUCACAGCGGCAUUCAAGUUGAAGAGAAAAGACAUACAAGAAAGAUAUAAAAGCGAAAUUAAUAGAAUGUAUGCUUCCUGAAAGCGGGACCAAUAAAUAAUGUGAUAUUUUUUCAUAAGUUGUUUGAUGAAGAUUGAUAUCCUUCGAGUACUGAAAAAUAGAUGCAAUGAGCUCAAUUAAGAAGAAAUGAUGGUCAACAGAAAAAUUAUACUCUAUCUUUCCUCUAUAAUGUGGAUAUUGUGUAUUAUUUUUAAGCUAGUACUGUUAUUUGUAUAUAUUCCUAAUAUCUAUUUGUACAUAUUCAAAUGAAACUUUUCAUAGUAGGAUCGUCUACUAUGUCUUUUUUCUUUUUCCAUUUUUUGGUUUCGUUUGAAACCGCUUUAUCGACUUUUCAUUACAAUAUUUUACAGUGAUUUUCGCUAAACUUUACUAUUUGUUGUUCUCCUGUUGUUGAAUUUUAUCGAGAACCCUGUAGAUCAUUACUUGUCUACAAGCAACGACAAGUACUUAAAAAUUGCAUUAGUUAAUAUGAAAUUCAAAAAUAUAUUGUAUAUCAUGUACAAGAGUAAUAUUUUUUUUUAUUCAUUCAGCAAAUGUAGAUGGAUUUACAAUACAUUGAACUGAAAUAAAUUUGUUUUUUAAAUAGAUCCAUGUUUUCCAAUUGUUUUGACUAAAUGUGUUUUUACGUCUCGUUGUCAGUGAAUUUUCGAAUAAUUUUAAAUAACUAGAAACAAUAAGGUUUGCCAAAAUGAUUUGUUGAUCGAUAACUUGGUGAACUCUUUUUGAAAAACCGUAAUUUUAAACUAUAGUGUGGCUUCAGAUUGGUGAAAAGUAAGAUAAUCAUAAUCCAUUUUACUUUGAUUGGGUGAUGGAGAGCUUAAAUAUGGUUACAUCACAAUUUUGUAAAUUUAGCAAGUUGCUAAGUAUACCAACUUUUUAUUAGCUAUCAAAACAAUUCAGUAAUUUAUUUAAUGAGUGGAUGUUAUUUAGUUUGAUAGUGUAUAUAGAGCAAUGGAAAAAUAAAUUUACAUAAUUUUU